AUGAUCACCGCAAACGUACCAUCAGCAAAAAAGAUUAUCGUUCACGGGCCCGACAGUGGUUCGGGUGGUAUUCCGUCGCAGUUCCCAAUUCAUGAAGAUACCAUCUUUCAACAGCUGCUCACCGAUAGUAUCGAGUUUUUCAAUAUUCCCGAUAACGAAGUGGAAAAUUACUUUUUGGUGGAUACAAAAACGAAUCUAGUGCAUAUCCCGUCGUCGUUCGUCAGAGAUUUCUACUUUUUUCAUCGAUCGGUUUAUCCACAGAUCACCCUUCAAUAUAUCGAUCCAGAUGAGGCGCACAUUCGAAUGCGAGAAAUGGCAUUCACUCAGAAACUUAUCGAAAUGGGCAAAGUCCUACUGACGCAUAACGCCCUCAAACACAGUCCUAAGACUGUGGUAUCAUCUUAUUUUAUUUCUUUCAACAACUGUAAUCACCAUUGUGCACAUAUUUCCUUUGUAAAAACGGCGUAA